AUGGGUAAAGGGACUGACAAAUUAUAUAUCACUCAUUCAGAAUGGUCGGGCGAGUUCGGUGGCAUGCAAUUUGGAGGCAUCCAGGCGAGGAAGAAGACCGAGAAGAAUUUCCAAUAUUUGCCGUUUUACUGUUGUUCGCUGUCUUUACAGCCGUUCUCGCAUCCAGCUUGUACUCCUGAAGGCAUUAUAUUUGAUCUAAGUAAUAUAUAUGCGUACUUGAAAAAGUACGGGAAGAAUCCAGUGACGGGCGAGAAAUUGGAACUGAAAUCUUUGACUAAAUUAAAUUUUUAUAAAAAUGGAAAUGACGAAUAUCAUUGUCCUGCAACUUUUCGUGUCUUCACUGACCAUACGCAUAUUGUCGCAAUAAAGACGACAGGAAAUGUAUAUGCAUAUGAAGCAAUUGACAGACUUAAUAUAAAGGCCAAGAAUUGGAAGGAUCUCUUGACUGAUGAGCCCUUUACCCGAGAGGAUAUAAUUGUGAUUCAGGACCCUCAUAAUCUUGAAGCGCGUAAUUUGUCCAACUUUUAUUAUGUGAAAAAUGACCAGAAGCUAACAGAUAAAGAUGCAAAUCAAGGCCCACUUAAUGAUAUAAACGUCAGCGCUACUGGUUCUGCUGGACGUGUGUUGGCGGAACUUGCAGGACAGAAAGAAGCCUCUUCAGAUCAAUCUGUAAUUCAAAAAGAGAAAAAGCCUAUCAAAGAUGAUGCAAAAGCUAAAAAAUCCGAGCCAGUUAAGAAAAAGCUACCAUAUAAUGCGGCACAUUAUUCUACAGGAUAUGCAGCUGCAUCCCUUACUUCCACAGCCAUGACUCCAGUAACCGAGAAUGAGAAUAUGUUGCUUGAUAAAGAGGAAUUUAUGUUCAAGGAGAUAAAAGCCAAAGGAUAUGCACGAAUCGUUACUAAUAUGGGUAACUUGAAUAUAGAGCUGUUUUGUGAUAAGUCCCCAAGGACGUGUUAUAAUUUUGUAAUGCUGUCCAAGCAAGGUUAUUAUAAAAAUGUUGUGUUUCAUCGAAAAAUAAAAAAUUUCAUGAUUCAAGGGGGUGAUCCAACUGGAACGGGUAAGGGUGGUGAAUCAUAUUGGAAGAAAGAUUUUCCCGAUGAAUUCAAAAGCAACUUGUCGCAUAAUGAACGUGGUCUUCUAAGCAUGGCAAAUAGAGGCAAAGGCACGAAUGGAUCACAGUUCUUUAUAACAUUCCGUCCAUGCACUCAUCUGGACAAUAAGCACACAAUAUUUGGCAAGCUUGUUGGAGGAAAAGAUAUACUGGACAAGAUGGAAUCGGUUCCUACCGACGAAGCAGAUUACCCUCUACAAGAAAUUAAGAUGCUAGAUGUGAUAGUAUUCGUAGAUCCUUAUGAAGAAUACGAGAAGCGACUAGAGAGGAAGCUACUGUUAGAAUCGGAGAAUGCCGAAAAGAGAAAUAUUUCCAAAGAAAAGUCAGAGAAGGAAACAACUACAUGGUUUGGUACACAGUUGACCAGGAUUACUGAUCCAGGUACCAGUGCGAGUGCUGGUGUUGGCAAAUACUUGAAGCCAACGCCUACAAAAAGAACACUAGAAUCUGAAGACACAAAAGCAGAUUACCCAGUUGAGCAAGAAAAGAAAAAGACAAAAACAACAGGAUAUAGUUUUGGGGACUUUAGCGGUUGGUAG